CCAUAAUGUAAGCGUCACUUUGCAUGCAUCAGUCUUCCGGGUUCAGCUGGAAUUUGUUACCAUUUUAUUUGCAAAUUUCUGCUUGAAUAUUUUUACUGUCCACUUCUUAAAGAUCAUCUACAAAAUCUUUUGUUGGCUUUUUGAGAGAAUUUCAGGCAGUCAGUAAGAUUUUGUAGAACAGAUCAGGAUCAUGGAGGGAAAGACUUUGGAAGAACAGCUGAUGCAGGAACGCGGAAUCUUCAUUCAAAAUACUAGCAGAAUCCUUGGGCUGUGCGAAGCUGCUAUACGAUUCCAGCGAGAUCAUUAUGAAAACCUUCUGCGGAAUGCCAAAAUGCAAGAAUCUGGAUCAUCAGUGGUCAUUCCCCAAUCAGGAAGAACCUCCGAACCAGUGGAUUUAUCUCGGAAUGAGCUUGGACCACAAAUGUCGCCACACUCUGCGGAAGUUUACACCGUCGUUUCAGAAAAGGAACGAGCCGAACGACCCUGGAUAAAUGAGAAGAACCAGAUGAAAGCCGAACCCCUUUCGCCAUCCACUGACUGGGAGUCUGUCUGUGCCGAUGCUUCGUCCAUGUCGAUUCUGGAUAUCACUACAAGUAUUUCUACGCAAAUUGUCGAACACAAGCCUGAUUGUGCCGAUACGUCUUCGAUGUCGAUUCUGGAUAAGACAGCGAGUAUUGCUAUGGGCGCGUCUGAAAUGGAUGGUGUAAGCGAUGUUGUGACUCUUGGAAGUGAGAAAGAAGAAAUUAUUACGAACGAUGAAGUAGAGAUCGACAGUAUCGUGGAAUAUGAUAGUGACGCUAUUCCCGUGGAAAGCAGUCUAGAAAACGAUGAUGAGGAAGAAUUGGAGAGCGUGGAAUGUACAAUGGAAGACGAUGCGGAAUCGUUUACCAUGGUUGAGGAAGGGAAAACAUCAGAACUACAUGGCAAAGAUUAUCCAGCUGAAGAGGAAGAAGAGGAAAGCCCGUCUCAGUUGUCAGAGGAUAUCGCGCAGAUGGUUUUGAAAAGGAUUCAGGCUUUGGAAGAUGAAAAUGCUGCCCUGCGUCAGGAUCUGCAGGAAGCUUUCUCUGAGAUCGCAUCGCUGAAAAAAGAGAAAAACCUCGUUACGGAUAUGCACGCAGAGGAGAUGGAUGAUAUACGAGCUGAAUUGGACGAAUUGCGCCACGCCCAGUCAGUAAAUUCUGCAAAACACGCGGAAGAUCUGCGUUCCCGGUCAGAAGAAAUCUUCAGCUGCGUUGAAAAAGUCCAAGGAACACUGGAGCAGCGAUAUGCGAGCAUGGAAGCAGAAUUUGGGAAUAAGUUGCAGAACUUGAACGAAGCCAUCUUAAAGGAAUGCACGGACACUUUCGUCUGCCGCAGCGAUUACGAUUAUGACUGGGAAGCCGAAUUGAAUGAUAAAGAAACUCGGAAAACAGAAAUUUUGAACGAGAUUGAAACCAAGAUUCAGGACUGUAACAAGCGAACGAAGGACACCUGGAAACAGUGUUUAGCAAGCCACGGAGAUCAAAUUGACAAAGUUCGGGGCCAGGUGGAAGCGUUGAGAAAAGAUGUGAAGAAAGCCAACUCGUUCAUGGAAAGCCAGCCAUGCAUCAGUCAAUUGGUCCAACGCAGUGACUAUGAAUCCGACAAGGCAGUCAACUACAUCUACAUCAAGACCCAGUGUGACAAAACUGCGCAGGGUUGCCUCAAACAAAUGGAAGACGUCUGCAAAAAGGCUUCAUCAACCCACAACAGCGAGGUUCAAAAUUUGCGCACCGAUGUUGAUUCUUUGAAGAAGGAAAUAACAAAUGCCAGGCGUCUUUCAUUGCCCGCUGUGGCGCCUUCCUUGCCGGCCACUCCGCGAAUGAGUGCCUUGGUGGCCAUGGUGAAGAUGGUUAUCUCUCUGGGUGGAAAGCAGAUGGACCCUAUUCUUCUGAAAAUAUGAUCGGAUGUCAUCCCGGAAAUUGCUGAUGACUUUUACAAUAUGAGCAUUGGUCAGCACAAAGCUUACAACUUCACGGGAGGGGAUAUCUUCCGUGUAAUGCCGGAACGAGCCGUUUGGUUCCGCCCGAAAGGAUAUCAAGGCACAACGGGUAGCCGUGGCCAGCUCAGCCAUCGCCCAACAUUCCCGGCAGAGGUUCCUGUUGCUUCUCUCGCGCACUCAGUAGCCGGGUUGAUUUCGGUAUCCAAAGAUAAUUGGCCUUGUUUUAUGAUAACCCUCUCGCCGAUGCCGUGGCUGGAUGGCGUCAAUGUGAUUGUUGGGGAAAUACUGCAGGGUCUGGAGACUGUUCGAAAGCUAGGCUCGUAUGAGGCCUGUGGGAUGCCGAUCACCAUUGUACAAUGCAGUGGAUUAUAACAAUGUUGUUGGUGUCGGCAUGGCGAGCGCUUCUCGUAUUCCUGGUUCGCUUUUACCACGGAGCUGUUGUUUGACUGUUAUCUUUGUAAAUUGUACGUUUCAUUUUUGUGUAGCGAUUGACCAGCGCAUUUAUGUCAAGUAUUUGGAUGGCAUUGCACGAUGGUUUAGGCUUUAGCUGUGCACAGUCGUUUGCAUUGGAUUUUGAAUAUUUUCACAAACCGCGACAUACCACCUUUCGUUAUUUUAUGUCUUACUCGUAACUAUUUUGUAUUUUCUCAAUUCUUGUCUCUAAUAUGUGAUAAGUACAGUAUGUAUUGAAAAGCAGUAAAAUGUGUAUUGA